CUUAUUUAAAAAUAUAUAUUAUUAUGGUUUCUAAAUUAUUAAGUUAGUUUAUUUCGAAAAACGAACCCGAAAAGAAGCCAUGAAAGGUCUUCUUAUAUUGAUAGUUAUAGUUGGAGCUGUGUUGGGUACACAAGCUGCCAGAUUUUCAGUAAAAACUGAUCGAGCUCUUCAAGGAAAUGAGUGCUAUGGCCAUGAACAUGGUGAUAAAAUUCCUUAUCCUGGCGAUUGCACAAAAUAUUUAGUUUGUGAAUAUUUUAAUGGAACUGUGAUGCUAUGUCCAAGUGGUCUUCAUUUUAAUCCCAAUUCGACAGUUUGUGAUUGGCCAACAUCAGCUGGUUGUACUCAAGAAGGAGGUACACCAUCCGGAAAUUGUUCUGGAGGACCUGGACCUUGCAACAGCUACUGGAACCCUGAUGAUUUGUAUGGAUCAUGCGUUUGCCGAGACAAGGAUAACGGAACUAGGUUCAGUGUUCGAAAUAAUUGCAGCGAAUACUUUUCCUGUAUUGGUGGAUGGAGUUACCUCAAGAGUUGUGGAAGUGACAUGUAUUUCAAUGACGAUCCUAAAGUUAAAGCAUGUGAUCACAAGGAAAAUGUAUUCUGUCCAUCAGCACCAACUGAACCACCAACUGAAUUACCUACUAAACCACCAACUCAACCACCAACUCAACCACCUACUCAACCACCAACUGAACCACCAACUGAACCACCUACUCCACCACCAACCGAACCACCAACAGAACCAACAGUUGAUCCUAUUCCUACCCCUGGUCCUGGUUCUGACAUUUGUAUAAACCAACCAAAUAAUACAUUCCUACCAUAUCCUUGGAACUGUACAUGGUACAUUCGAUGUGAAGACAACAUUGCCCAUAUUGAAUCUUGCAAAGAUGGAAAAGUUUUCAAUUCUGUUUACCAAAUUUGUGAUUUUCCCGAAAAUACACAGUGCAUAGAAGAAUCCUAUCCAUCAACUGUCACUCCUGAUGAUUCAAUAACAACAACAACAACUACAGAAGAACCCUCGGAAGGCUCCACAAAUCCACCUUACGUUGGCACAGGAAUUUGUGAAAAUAUCGAGCGAGGUACUUUAAUUCCAUACCCUGGAAGAUGUGACCUUUAUAUAUUAUGCAUAGAACCAGCUCCAACAACUUUUGACUGUCCAUCCGGUAUGGAGUUUGAUGCAGAAUUAAAAAAAUGUCAAGACGCAAACGAGGCCGAUUGUUCAAUUCCAAAAGUUACACCAGAACAACCAACUACAACCGAAGCCACAGAACCUUUACCACCACCAAUUAACCCAGGAAUUUGCUCAAAUUAUUCAAAUGGUGAAAAGAUUUCAUAUCCAGGAAAUUGCUCUGAGUACAUUAUAUGUGAUAGUCCAAUUCCAACGGCUGAAGAAUGUCCAUAUGGUGAAGAGUUUAAUGCCAAACUUCAAAUUUGUGAAUCUGCUCAAGAUGCUGGAUGUUCCAUUCCAACCCCAACUGAACCACCUGGUUGUGCAAAUUCAACAACCGGUUUGUGCGAAGGCUACAAACCAGGUGAUCUCAUACCAUAUCCUGGCAAUUGUAAUAAAUUUAUCAAAUGUGGUGUUCAUGCUUCGCAGUGUAGAACCUGCGAUAAGGGUUAUCAUUUUAAUGCAAAGCUGUCAAUAUGUGAAGACCCCGCUACAGCGCAGUGUGAAACUGAACAACCAUCACCAACACCCCCACUACCAACAGGCUCCAAUAUCUGUUGUGGGGCAGCAAAUGGAACAUUAGUCGCAUAUCCUGAAGAUUGUACACAAUACAUUAAAUGCAUCUAUCCAAUACCAGUAGCGCUUCAAUGUGAAAAAGAUUUACACUACAAUGUCAUUAGUCAAGCAUGUGAGUCUGUCGAGAGUGCUAAAUGUCAAUGGUACAAGCCUAUUACAUGUGAGGGCAAAGAAGAUGUUUUUCUAAAAGUGGUACUUUGGUUAUUUAUCAUUGGAGUGCAAGAAAAUUCAUUAGUUUCUACAAAUCCCUUAAAAACUGAUGCUAAAAUAACAGGAAAUGAGUGCUUCAAUCAUAAUUAUAACGAUCGUAUACCAUAUCCUGGCGAUUGCACAAAGUAUUUAGUUUGUGAAUUUUUUUCUGGAACUGUAAUGCCUUGUCCAGGUGGAUUACAUUUCAAUCCAAUUAUGAAAGAUUGUAGUUCACCAAGUACAGCUGGUUGCAAUUCAGAAGGAUCAAUAAUACCAACAAAAUCACCAACGACACCUGAAAUAGUGCCAACACUUACGCCUGAUAGUAACCUUUGCAAUGGCAAGACAAAUGGAGUUCUGUUAUCAUAUCCAUAUGAUUGUGAGUGGUAUAUUCGGUGUGUGGAUGACACUUCUGUAGUUAUUCACUGUGAAAAAGGAAGGGAGUUCAAUGCACUACUUCAAAUUUGCGAUUAUCCGGAAUAUGCACAAUGCGUAGCCACACCUUAUCCGAGUACACCGGUCUCAACUACACCAAUAAGGGAGUCAACAGAACCAUCAACAACUGAGGUAUCUACAGAUACAACAACAAUAUCCACAUCAACAACAGAAACAUCAACGAUUUCACCAACGACACCUGAAAAAACACCAACGUUAAGGCCUGAGGAUAACAAAUGCUAUGGCAAGGCGAAUGGAGUUCUAUUAUCAUAUCCUUAUGAUUGCGAAUGGUAUAUUCGUUGUGAGGAUGAUAAUUCUAUACUUUUGCCCUGUAAAAAGGGAAGACAGUUCAAUGUGCUUCUCCAAAUAUGCGAUUAUCCGGAAUAUGCACAAUGCAUAGCUACUCCUUAUCCAACAACCGCGGAGGUAUCGAGUACUACACCAAUCCCAACUUCACCAACAAGUGAGUCAACCGAAUCACCAGUAAUCUCAACCUCACCAAUAGAAAAAACAACAAAUUCACCAACGACAAUCGAAAUAGUUCCAACAUUAAAUCCUGAAGAUAACCGUUGCGAUGGCAAAGCAACUGGCACACUAAUAUCAUAUCCAUAUGACUGCAAUUGGUAUAUUCGUUGUGAAGAUCAUAGUUCUAUCCUGCUUCCAUGUAAAGAGGGAAGGCAAUUCAAUGAACUCCUUCAAGUUUGCGAUUAUCCGGAAUAUGCACAAUGCAUAGCAACGCCUUAUCCAACAACAGCGGAGGUAUCAAGUUCUACACCAAUCCCAACUUCACCAACAAGUGAAUCAACAACAGAAAAUUCCACUACCACAGAAUCACCAGCCACGGAUACUUCACCAAUUUCAAGCUCACCAACAUCAGAGUCAACAACUUCACCAACGACGACAACAUCAUCUAUAAAAUAUCCAACAUUAAGGCCAGAAGAUAACCUUUGCGAAGGCAGGGCUGAUGGUACUCUAUUACCGUAUCCAUACAAUUGUGAUUGGUAUAUUCGUUGUGAGGAUGAUGCUUCAACCCUUCGUCGUUGUAAAAAUGGAAGGCAAUUCAACAAAAAUCUUUUAGUUUGUGAUUAUCCGGAAAAUGCACAAUGCAUAGCCACUCCGUAUCCUACUCGACCAACGGAACCAACUUCUGAACCCACUACUGAACCAACUACUGAACCAACUACUGCGUCGCCUAUUCCUACUAAACCAUCACCUUCAGGCUCCAAUGUUUGCUGUGGUGUUGAAAAUGGAACAUUAGUCGCAUAUCCUGAAGAUUGUACACAGUACAUUAAAUGCAUCUAUCCAAUACCAGUAGCACUUCAAUGUGAAAAGGAUUUACACUACAAUGUCAUUAGUCAAGCAUGUGAGUCUGUCGAGAGUGCUAAAUGUCAAUGGUACAAGCCUAUUACAUGUGAAGACAAAGAAGAUGGUACACUUUUGCAGUAUAAAGAAAAUUGCAAGCUAUUCUACUUCUGCAGUAAUGGUGAAAAAGUUUUAUUACCUUGCACAAUAGGCGCGAUUUUUGAUCAAACUGUCGGAAAUUGUGUCCCAGGAGAUGUUUGUCCAUAGAGAAUAAUAAGAGAAACGAUUUAUUCCACUUUUGUUAAAAUAAAACAAACAUGAGUAGUAUGAGUAUAACAGUUUCAUUAAAUUUUUUAUUUUCUGAAAAUAUAUAUUAUACAAUAAAAUUAUAUAGAGCUUAUAUAAAAUAUGUUUCGUCUUUAAAUCUAUCAACAACAACAACAAGACAAUAUAUGGUUAACAGAUAGAAGUCAAUGUCAACACGAUACGCCUACUUGACAAUGUGUUUUUGAUUUUUGAUACCAAAAACCACUUAACACUAACAUGUUUACGAACACACGAGACGGUUGGAAAAAAAUACUACAAGAAACACAAGACGCAAAAAGUUUUUAUCGAACUUUUAUUAUGUUUUUUGUCUCUUUGAUGAUAGGUACAUAGGUAA